AUGCCCAACGAUCAAAAAGAGAGCGAAGGUUCGUCCGUGCGGGCUGAGGCUGGCCAAACUUCAGGUGAUAGUGGAGGCAACUCAGCGGCCGUUGAUCAAGUCUUUUCCAAGUUUAAGGAUUUUCUUGAGAAAAAAUUAGAAGAUAAAGGAAAGCAAAUCGAACAAAGGAGUAAGUUAGAUAAAGAAGUUGUACAGCUAAAGUUCAAAGGUAACCAGAAACAAUUUGAGCUUAAUGCCGAAUUAGAUGCCAUUUUUGAAAGCAUUGAAACUGAAAGUGAAAGCAUCGAGCCAAAUUUGUCGCAGAUCAAGAAACUUUCCCAAGAAGGCAGGCAACGUAUUCGAAAGCGACAGAAGCUGAUAAAAAUCGCUGAUAAAAGUAGGGACGGCUGGCAGGUUGUAGCCGAGUACGAGUCGGACGAGCUUGCAUCCGGCUCUGAAGAUGAAAAGCGUCUUAAGAAGGCAAGAGAAGCGGCGAGCCGCAAGAGACGUCAAAAGGAACAACUCUCCAGCGAUCGUGGAAAGAAACCAAAAAUUGCUUUGGGCGCUGAUAAUCAGCUUUUUCGUGGUAAGAAAAAGGAGCCUCCUCUUUACUUUGUAUAUUCAUAUGUGUUUUGGAUCUGCUUGCGCAUCCUACCAUAUUUCUCGUGUGAUUUGUUUGUAUUACGGGAAUUUAGAUUUACGUUCGUUUGAGCGAAGCGAAUUAGAACGUAAAUGUAUUUUCCGCUGUUAUUCCAAGUAAUUAGUCGCAGUUGUUCUCGUUUCACACCUGCCGCACCCACUAUUGUGCAUUCUGUUUUGCAUUGAUGUCCUGAUUGGCCAGUUAUUAGUAUUUAUACUCUCCGUUGUCUCUUGAGUACCAUUCACGCUCGCGGUUCCAUACAGUUUAUUCAUCUUUCUGGUUUACGCCCCCCACCCCCCCUCCCGUUUAUUUCAGGUUUCGUCAUUGCUGUUAUCUUUCAGGCCGUAGAGACGCUUCUGGCGACUUCUUUCGCUGUUUCAAAUGCGGCAAAUUUGGACACUGGGCCAAGGACUGUAGAUCCAUGUUCUGGCCGGGAAGUUACCAGUCCCCUAGCUACAAUUCUUGCCCUGGAAUCUCGUACAACAAGCCAACCGCAGGCCAAUCAACUCAACCAAAGCAAUGAAGAUUACUUGGCGCAGGUAGAUCAAAUGACACAGAAUUACGAACUUGAAAGUGGACAUUCAUUAAGUGUUAAGGGUAAUCUGAAGAAUAAUUUAGGUUUCUGGAGAUCUAUAGGUGCUCCGGAUUUUAUUUUGUCUAUUAUUGAAAACGGAUACAGGCUGCCGUUCAUCAGUUUUCCGUUGGCCGUAAAGCGAGGAAAUAAUAAGUCAGCUCGACUUCAUGCUGAUUUCGUGGACCAAGCCGUUCUUGAGCUUGUUAACUCUGGUCGGGUGCGUAUCGUUAAUGAGCAGCCCUUUGUUGUAAAUCCCUUGUCAGUUUCUAUACAGCCAUGCGGUAAAAAGAGGUUAAUUCUUGAUUUGUGCCAUGUCAAUAAGUCAUUAAUUAAGCAAAGUGUUAAGUACGAGGACUGGAAAAUUGCUAUGGCUUAUUUUGCGAAAGACGCGCACAUGUUUUCGUUUGAUUUAAAAAGCGGUUAUCACCAUAUCGACAUUGCGCAUGAGCACCAAACUUUUCUGGGGUUUUCAUGGCGGUCGUCUGAUUCCGUUAAUGAAGUAUUUUAUGUUUUCACUGUGCUCCCGUUCGGUCUUUCCUCUGCCCCUUAUGUUUUCACAAAGGUUUUGAAGCCUUUAGAAAAGUAUUGGAGAAUACAGGGUCUUUGUAUAGCCAUCUUCUUGGACGAUGGUUGAGCAAUUGUUCAGGAUAGAGAAAGUUGUCGCAUUAAGGCCCUAGCUGUAAGGGGGGAUUUGUAUAACGCGGGUUUUGUCGUUAACGAAGACAAAUCGGUAUGGGAACCCACCCAAGUAUUGGACUGGUUGGGUAUAACCUGGAAUUCUGCACUGGGUACUUUGAAAAUUGUAGAGAGAAGAAUUCUUAAGAUUAUCAGUACAAUUGAUCAUAUUAUUGAAGCCGAUUUCAAAGUGUCUGCGCGAGAGUUGGCCUCCUUCACAGGUCAAUUAUUUCUACCGGGCCUGUAGUUGGUAACAUUGGCAGGAUAAUGACCAGACAUUGUGUCUUGUCCACCUUGUGCAAAGAUAACUGGGAUUCUGUAUUCCGUCUCGACGAUUACUGUAAGGAAGAACUGUAUUUUUGGAAGGAAAAUAUGGUUAAUAUCAACUCUAGGUAUUGCUUUGUAAGUAAAGAUCCUAUUUAUUUUGUAUAUUCGGAUGCCAGUGCUACCGGAGGUGGAGCAAUUAUUGACUUUAACAAUGAUUUUGUGUGCCACAAAAUUUGGUCGGGGAACGAGAGAGUUCAAAGUUCAACGUGGAGGGAGUUGUCUGUUAUUGAGUUUUCAUUGCAAUCAUUUUGCCUCAGUGUUGAAAGGAUCACACGUUAAGUGGUUUACUGAUAGCCAAGCAGCUGCUAAGAUUGUUGUAGUGGGCAGCAUGAAAUUAGGUUUGCAUAAGAUGGCCCGAAGCAUUUUUGAUAUUUGUAUUCGAUGGGGGAUUCAUUUAGAAGUGCAAUGGAUCCCUCGCACUUCGAAUCAGCAAGCUGAUUAUAUAAGUCGUUUAAUUGAUACUGAUGAUUGGCAAAUUACUGAAGAAUUUUUUCUUUUUCUUGAUGGUCGGUGGGGCCCGCAUAGUGUUGAUUGUUUUGCUAAUUAUUAUAAUCACAAGCUCCCAAAAUAUUUUUCGAGGUUUUGGAACCCCAAUACUUCGGGUGUCGAUUUUUUCUUUCAGUCUCUUCGAGGAGAAAAUUGCCUAGUAGUCCCUCCAGUUGGUAUCGUCCCACGUGUAUUGCAUUAUUUGAAAUCUCAGCGGGCCGUUGGUACGCUCGUUGUACCUCUUUGGCCUUCGGCUCACUUUUGGCCUUUAAUUACACACAAGUAUAGUAGUUAUCUUGUGGCUCACAGUAUUCAUAUCGGGAAUGAGGUUCUAACCCGCGGAAGAAACCUUAAUUCGCUCUUAGGGUCUGAUCUUUUCACAGGAAAUAUUAUUGCCUUUAGAUUGAAAUUUACUGAGUAA